ACUCGCUCCGCCGCUGCUCUGCUCCCCGGGGCCGGGGGACCCGACCGAUGGAGUUCUCUCGCCGCGGUCGAGCCACCGACGACGCCGGCGACGCCCACCGCUUCCCCGACCCCCCGUCGCACGGGGAGGAGGAGCCGAUGACGGUGAUGAGGGCUGCGCUGCUCUCGCAGCUCCACAUGGACCGCCUUCGCCAGGAGAUCAUCGUGGCCGAGCUGGCCAAGAUGGAGCGCGCGGCCGUGGCGCCAUUGGAUGGCGUGGCCGCAGCAGAUGCUGGGCGGCCUAGGCCGUGCCCGCUCAGUGCUGAGCAGCUCAUGGCCCUGCGCGCCGCCACGCCGAUGCCAUUGCUUGGCCUGGCCGCCACAGAUGCUGGACGGUAUGGGCUUUUGCCAUUCGGUGCCGAGCAGCCCAUGGCCCUGCGCGCUUCUGCCGGUGGGCAACAGACUACAUCGAUGCCAUUGCACAGUGUGGCCGCCGCGGAUGCUGGACGGUCUACGCCGUGGCCGUUCAGUGACGAGCAGCCUAUGACCCUGCGCCUGCGCGCCAUGCCCGGUGGCCACCAGACCCCGCUGAUGCCAUGGUGCGGCGUGGCCACCACAGAUGAUGGACGGUCUAAGCCGUGGCCGUUAAGCACCAAGCAGCACAUGGCCCUGCGCGCUGCCGCCGAUAGCAACCAGGCCACUCCGAUGCCGAUGUAUUGCGCGGCUGCCGCAGGUGAUGGACGGUCUAAGCCAUGUCCAUUCAGUGCAGAGCAGCCCAUGGCCCUGCUUGCUGCGGCCGGUGGCCACCAGACCACCCCGAUGUCAUUGCACGGCGUGGCCGUCGCAGAUGCUGGGCCGUCUAAGUCGUGGCCUUUCACUGCCGAGCAGCAGCCCAUGGCCCUGCUUGCUGCUGCCGUUGGCCACCUGCAGACCACCCCGAUGUCACUGCACGGCAUGGCCGCCGCAGAUGCUGGACCUUCUAAGCCGUCGCCGUUCAGUGUCCAGCGGCUCAUGCCACGCUGA